AUGUCCUCGUCUCCCCGAGUAUGGCUGAUUACUGGUGCCUCAUCUGGCUUCGGCCGCGCCCUGUGCGAUGUUGUCCUCAAGAACGGCGAGAUAGUCGUCGCCAUAGCCCGUCGCGCACACCUCCUCGACGACCUCGUGAACCAGUACUCCUCUGACCGCAUCCUCGUGGUCAAAACGGACGUCACCCAGCCGCAAGAGGUCGCCGACGCCUUCGUUCACGCUAAGAGUGUCUUCGGCCGCGUCGACAUCGUCUUCAACAAUGCCGGGUAUGCCGACCUGGGAGAGAUCGAGAGCGUCCUGGACGUCGAUGCGCGCGCGCUCUUCGAGACCAACUUCUGGGGUGCAGUUAGCGUCACCCGCGAAGCUGUCAAGUUCUUUCGCGAGUCCAAUCCCCCGGGCGACGGCGGUCGUCUCCUGCAGAUGACGUCCAUGUAUGGGAUCGUGGGCGCCAACUGCCUGGCUUUCUACUCCGCGUCGAAGCACGCAUUGGAAGGGUUCACGAAGAGUAUCGUCCAAGAGCUCGACCCCGCUUGGAACAUCAAGGUCACGCUGCUCGAGCCAGGUUUCUUCCAGACCGAGCUCAUCUCCCACAUCAUGAAGUGGACAUCCCCGCACCCCGCCUACCUCACGUCUCCGAUGCCGAGCGCCAUGCGCGCAGGCUGGGACGCGUUCAUGCCGGCCGGCGAUACCACGAAGUUGGCGGAUGUGUUCUACCGGGCGGCGGCGAUCCCGGACCCCCCUCUGCACUUCCCGCUCGGAAGGGACGCCGUCGCGAACACCAAGAAGAUGGUGGCUGAGCUGGGAGACGCCCUCGCGCGCUACGAAUCUUGGUCAGACGACGUUGAGUUCACGUCUGUCGGACAAGAGGUGGCGUGCGAGAGUGUCUGAGAGGGUCACCGGAUUCGGCGGUGGGAUUCCGGC